AUGACUACACCAAGCAUCUCACCAAUGGAGUCUGUCACCUCGUCGUCAACGUCAGCCUCGCGCAACACUUCCUCGACAAGUUCGACACACCCUCAUCUUGCAAGAUCAAGCAGCUACAGCCAUGUCUUUCCCUCGCACCAGAACCUCAUCAAGCCUCAAAACCCCAUCGCCGGCACCAACACACGAGGCCUGUCAAACGACACCAAAGCUCUCGCCAGACAACUACUACAAAGCAACGCAAAAAUUGCUGCCGUGCAAGACGAACGCGCUAUGCUCUUCUCCAGUGGUCUGCAAUGGCUCCUCGAUGUAGCCACCGAGGCCGAGAAGAAAUCACCAACUCCCAGACCCAGCAGACCAUCUACCCGCGUGUUUCCACUGACUGAGGAUGCCGUCAGAGGACUAGACAGGCACGGCAGAUACUCUCGCAUCACCGAAAUUGUAGAUGGACAGAGUGAGAGCACUUCGAGCGACAACCGGGCAAGGAUCAACGCCUGGGUCUCGGAGACAGAUGCUGCUCCUUGA